AUGUACCACGUUCGGCUGUUCCGCUACCAGGACCUCGUCGGCAAUCUACCUACCUACCUACCACAGCUACAAAAGUCGCAGAGCCCGGACACGAAGAUGGAAGAUCGAUACGUGCCACAUUGCUCGCACUGUUUAUGCCCUACGAGUGAUUACAGAGACCUUCACGAUACAUUCUCCGGGGAACGCAAAGAACGGUUGCGGGAAAUCGAAGAAUGUGUGGCGCAGAUAUGCGCUUCUUCUCUCCCCAUCCCUGGUCUCGACCAUUGCCCGUCAUGUCUAUGCCUCCCUGCUGGUGAAGGACUGGGUGCGGAGGAGUAUCGCACGGAACAAAGCGAACGCAUUUCGUCUCUGAGGCAGCAGCUCGAGCACAUGCGCACGGAACUCCUAACCCUGCGCGCGAAACACAAUGCAUCUCUGCCCAUCAACGGUUUGCCUAUCGAAAUUUUGGGAUAUAUCUUCACUUUGCCGCGCCUUCAACUGGAAACAGACUCGAUAACUGUUCUGCAAGACACCAGCACAGAUCCUUGGCCGGAUGCAGAAUGGCCGCUUAUCUUGACACGAGUCUGCGGAUUGUGGCGUACCGUUGCAUUGAGUCUCCCUGUUCUUUGGACUUUCCUGAGGCUUCCGGAUACACCGACGCAGGCAUUGAGCCUCUACGAACGUUUCCCCUACCAACCUCUUCGCGUACUGUACGACGACACUGACAGCGACGCAGCCGCGCUUCAGUAUACAGACAAUCUUCGUCGGAUUGUCUCUAACAACUCCUAUCGAAUCGUCGAGCUACGGAUCAAGGCCACAGAAUACGUCGAUGAUAUCGUGUUGAGUACCAUAGAGGCCUUUAACCACGUUGCCCCAGCUCUCCGAACGCUCGAGAUUCGCCCGGAGCUGCAUGUGGAUCAAGAUGACCUUCGCGAUACGCUCGAUUGGCUGCUCUGCAAGCUGGACGCCACCGCAUUGAACUCGUUGACAUUGGUCUAUCCCUUAGCGCCGUCCACCUGGGAAACUGAACUCCGGUUCUCCCGUUCCCUGCGCCAUCUGGCCAUCGACUACAUCCAACCUCAUGCCGUCUUUCCGAAACCUAACUUGCCGGACAUAUUGAACGUUCUCGAGUUUCUUACCUCGUUGGAGGAACUGGUAUUGGUCAAUUGCUUGGGAUGUCUUGGCGAGGAAGAGGACGACCCGCAGGAACCAGUCACGAUGCCUGCCCUCCGCGAGCUCAAAGUGUCGGGUUGCACCUGCGGCUGCAUCAGGAUCAUGGAAAACGUACGACCCGCGCAGCAACUCGCGUACCUGGUGGUGAACUGCCGCAGACUAUGUCAAGGGGAUCCUGUGGAGUUGUGGCGGCUUGUAGAAGAGAGAACUCCUGCGCAUCCAACAGUGGAGCUGGUGUUCUGGGAGGUUCAUCCCCGAUUGGAUAUCAUGCGUGGUGAAGCAGGUGCAUAUCCAGAGCGUCACGACUCCCACGCUGUGAGCGUCAGCUUAGCGUCAUCGAUGCAACUCCUCGAGGAGGAAAUAUUUGGCGUCUUCAAGAACGUGGCGGCCGUGCUCUCGGGUCCUGUGACAAAAUUGCACUUCGGUGGAGAAUUCUUGGCCUUGUGGGAGGACCCUCUCAGUAUGGACUUGCGACAGGCGCUUGAGAGGUGGCCCUUUGUGCGUACGGUGGUCUUAACGCACACGAGCGCAACCAGGACGUUCUUUACCGCCAUUUACAGUUGGAGACAGGACGGGUCGUUGGAGGAUCGAUCGAGAUGGAUUCUCCCGAAUCUGACUUCGGUGCAUAUCAAGGACGCCGACCACGCGGCUUCUAGCCGAUGGUUCCAUCUAUGUCUCGACGAAUUGGAGAUGCGGUCGGACUUGCGAACGGAGGAGGGCGAGCCCGUGUUCCGGACGCUCACGCUCGACGCGUGUAGCGGCAUUUCAGACCUGGAACUUGACGAGUUGAGAAGUGCGAUUACGGAGGUAGUGACGCUGAACUGGGACGGUGCUUCUGACAGCGUCAGUUAUAUGAGCACGGACGAAGACGGAUCCCACAGCGCCAGCUCCAUGAGUACUGACUAA